UAGAAGCUCUGUAUUCCUUGACAAUAAAUUAGUUUAAUGCACAAAAAUCAAGUGUCUAAAUAAUACAGUCCACAUCGUUACACGAAACAUGGUCCUUGGAGCCGGAUUCAGUAAGCAAAGCAGUGGAACUCACGGGGAAAAAUACGAUUGAAGAAGUAAAAACAGGCGAAAUUCACUUGGCGGAUCGCAGCAAGAAAGGCAGGUUCGACACAGUGAGCCGGGUGAGUUUUCCUAUUCAUUUUAUCCUUUUGAAGUCAUUGGGUUAAAUUGAGCGACUGUAACAAUUCGAAGAAUACGAUUAUCUCCGUUUAAGGUGAUAUUUUAUCGGGUAGCAGCGAAAGCCUACUUGUGCCUAUUUUGGAAUUGCAUGCGUAAUUGGUUAUUGUAUUAUUUGGAAUCAAAAAUAAUAUAAUCAUAUAUACCUUUAAACGAAGUAAAUAAAGUUUUAUUUAAGUAAAUACGUGUUCAAUCAUGGAAACAGAAAAGUUGUGCGAAUUAACAAAGCGACGAGGCGUUUUAAAAUCAAAGAUUACACUUUUUGAAAAACAUUUGAAUUCAGUUGGACAAUCGAUUGCGGCAAAUACGACGUUAGAUCCUCAGAGUGAAAGAGCAAUGGCGGUUCAGUUAGAACAGCGCAUGGAGAGCUUUGCAGGAAUUUUGGAUCAGUUUGAUGAAAUUCAAAACGAGAUAGAAUUCAUAAAUGAGACGGAGACCAGUGUCGAACGCGAAGAAUUUGAAUCGAGGUAUUAUACACUAUUGACGAAUGCUAAAUUAACUAUCGAGGAUUUAUCAAAGAACAAAAAAAGUGGUUUAAACGACGAUGAUACACAGUCGCAAAUAUCGAAAAGUUCUUCGCAGUCAGCCAAGCUGGAAAGUGUUAAGCUACCGGAAAUAAAAAUUCCUAAGUUCGAAGGGGAAUAUUAUAAUUGGUUAGAGUUUCGAGACAUAUUUAGAUCUCUGAUUGAUAAUAAUGAAUAUAUUAGUGACAUUCAGAAAUAUCAUUAUUUGAGGGCAUCUUUGAUAGGUACAGCAGCGUAGGUCAUACAAUCAUUGGACUUUACAGCAGACACUUAUCAUACGGCGUGGAAAGUUUUAUGUCAACGUUUUAAUAACAAACGCCUGCUUGUGCAGAAUCAUCUCAAAGCAAUAUUCAAUGCAGAAAGUAUAAUGACAGAUACAGCCCCAAAAUUGAGAAAUCUUUGUGACAAUGUUUCAAAACAUUUGAGUAGUUUGGAAAAACUUGGUGAGCCUACAGAAAAGUGGGAUACAUUGAUUAUUUACAUUAUGAUGAACAAAUUAAGCAUUUAUACAGCACGUGAAUGGGAACGUCAUCGGGCUAAGUUUGAAACGGUCUCAUUAGAUAAAUUUAAGACAUUUUUAAGUGAACGAGCAAAUGUUUUAGAGACACUGGAACAUAAUUUCGAUAAACGCGAAAAAAAGAUUGUUUUUAAUUCACGGCGGGAGACUCGUGGGCUACUAGGGGUUACAAACGAAGAACCGACUGAGACCAAAAAAAAAACUGGAAUGUUUUCUGUGCAAAGGUAAUCACUAUUUAUAUUCGUGUGCGCAGUUUCUUGCAAUGAGUAUUACAGAUAGAAAGUCGAAUGCGGAAAAAUUGCGAUUAUGUUGUAACUGUUUACGCCGCGGUCAUAACGCAAAAGAUUGUAGAUGGUCGGGUUGUAAACUUUGUCAAGGAAAACAUAAUACGAUACUUCACAAUCCUGAGUUUCAUAGAACUAGUAAUCGUCAGGCUAAUACAAGAAACAAAUCUGAAAUUGAAGCGUCCAAUUGUAACUUUUGUUCUUCGAAUAGUUCAAUUCUUCCAACGGCGCAAGUUUACGUUGUGGACAAUGAUGGAGUUCAUGUCAAAGCUCGAGUCUUUUUAGAUUGCGGAUCCGAGUCGAACUUUAUCACAAGCUCAUUUUGCGAGCGACACAAUUUGCAAAUGGAAUCAACGAAUUUACUUGUUACGGAUAUCAAUAACAAGUUGUCUUACGCGCAUAACAAAUGUAAUAUUCGUUUGCUUUCGUUAAAUGGAUCUUACUCACUUCAAUUGUCUUGUUUUGCCAUCGAUCAAAUCACAGGAUCAUUGCCUCAGAGGUCAAUAGACACUAGAAGUUUGAGUAUUCCGACUGAUAUUACUUUAGCUGACCCUAAUUACAAUGUACCAGGCUCAAUUGACAUUUUAAUAGGGGGAAAUCAUUUUUGGUUGCUUUUGGGCAAUCGACAGCGAAGUAUUGGUCCCGGUUAACCAAUUCUACGAGAAACACGUUUAGGAUGGAUUGUGGUAGGUCCUAUAGAUUUUUCGUAUCAAAAGUCCAGUGGUACAUCUACCUGCAAUUUUGGGCAAACUUUAGAAAUCGACAAUCAACUUAGGAAAUUUUGGGAAGUUGAAGAAAUUGACAAUAGUUGUACCUUGUCGGGUGAAGAGUUAUUAUGUGAAAAUCAUUUUAGGGCAAAUGUGAAAAUAUCUGAACAAGACGGUCGAUUUAUUGUUUCAAUUCCGUUUAAGUCCUCACCAGAAAAGUUAGGGGAAUCACGCGAUAUAGCAGUAAAGCGUUUUGUAAAUUUGGAACGAAAACUAAGCAAGAACAGUGAGUUCCAGAAAUUGUACUGUCAAUUCAUGGAAAAUUACGAAAAGUUUGGUCACAUGACGGAUAUUGAACCCAACAGAGAAGCGGUAGAGUAUUACAUGCCACACCACGGGGUGUUACGGGAAUCCAGCUCUACAACAAAACUCAGAGUAGUUUUUAAUGCCUCAUCACAUACUUCUACAGGUAUUUCAUUAAAUAAAUUACAAAUGACUGGAGCUAAGAUUCAACCAGAUCUUUUUAAUAUCAUUUUACGAUUCAGGACGAAGUCCAUAGUAAUAUCGAGUGACAUCAAAAUGAUGUACCGACAGAUUUUGAUAAAUAAAACCGAUCGCAAAUUUCAAAAAAUCCUGUGGCGAAGUGGUCCAGAUGAGCCAUUGAAGACAUAUCAGUUGAAUACCGUAACGUACGGGACAACUGCUGCCCCUUUUUUAGCUGUUCGGUGUUUGAAAGAGAUUGCAAAUGAGGUUAGGCAGGAUGAUCUUUUGACAGUUACGGAUUCAGUAGAAAGUGCAGCGAAAUUUUGUAAGAACAUUACGGACUAUUUCUUAAAACGAGGCUUUGAGUUACGAAAAUGGAAAUCUAACAAUCCUAGCAUUUUGAAGGAGUUAAACACAGUUGAUGAUGAUAAUUUCAUAGAUUUUUCAAUGAGCGAUAACGCUGCUACAAAAACAUUAGGU